CUCAGUUCUUGCAAAGUUUGGAAAUAGCGGUCAGUGAGGCGCAGAGAGGGAGCGGACAGACUCGGGCUCCCGUUGCUAUGCUGUCGUAUAGACUACUCGGGUAAAACCAAGCUCAUGUUUGCUAAUCUUUAGACACCUUUAUGUCGUGAAAACAGUCGUUUUCGGAAAACAGCGUUUACGAAAGGUGAAUAGAGAAAUCUGGAAGGUCCAGGAAAGAACCAACGACCAUGUAGGCAAUCCAGACGUCUGACUUGAGUCAUGGGCUCAGAGGCAGUGGAGGACUGUGUGCAGGGGGCUCUCGCAUCCCUCUACCCCCCAUUUGAAAGCACAGCCCCCCCUCUUCUCUCUCAGGUUUUUUCUGUCCUGGAGUCAACCUACCAGCAUGACAGCUUGAGGUACCUCCUGGAUUACUUCAUCCCAGCCAAGCACCUUCUCCACAGACUACAACAACAUGCAUGCUCUCAGUAUCUAGGCUGCCUCUUCGUCCACUCAGGCUGGCCGCUGUGUCUGGGCGAGAGGGUAGUGGUGCAGCUCUCCACCCUGGACUGGAGGCUCCUGCGCAGUACCGACUUCUACCUCCAGGUGGUGCCCUUCUCCACCCGCUGCCCCCGCCUGGCCCUCAAGUGCCUGGCGCCCGGCGGACGCAACGUGCAGGAGGUGCUGGUGCCCGAGUCGCAGCACCCCCUGGUGUUCACCACCGAGUGGCUGCACAGCGUCAACAAGGAGCGCGGCUGCAAGAGAGACGGGGGAGCAGGGGCAUUGGAUACGUGUCUUGUAAGCACGGGCGACGGUGUCCUGCGUCUGCCGUGGGUCGAGGUGGUGUACCCAAAGUUCCUCGGCAACCCCCAGGGAGACGAGUUCGGAGACCUGGCCCUGCCUGCCAACCCUGAUAACCCUGGUAACCCCACCCAGCUCUCCUCUCCUGGGAUGAGGACCGGUCGGGGCGGGGCUGGCGGUGGGGGUGUCGGCGGCGGCGGUCUCGGCUGGGGCUCCUCCUCUGGCGAACUGGAUUCCUGGUCGUGGGAUGAGGAGGACGAUGACGAUGGCAAUGACCCAGACGGCACCGAGGCCGAGGCAGCUCUGGCCCUGGUGCGCCGGCGGGCCAGCGAGGACGCCCUGGGUCGGCGGGGGCCGUCGUCAGCAGUGGUGGCACCUGGUGACCGGGAGGGGGAUUACGUGGAGCUCCUGGAGCCCAGAGGUGGUCCGGAUGGAGGGGCCGACCCCAUGCAGCAGCGCUACUUGGAGAUGCACGCUGUCAGCAAGACCAAGACGCUGCCGCUGUGCCGACGCGCCAAGGCCAUCAAGCUGCGGCGGGGCAAAGCCUGGGCGUUCGGACGGACGGACGGUGGGGUAGGGGGCAAGUCGGGGGCUGUCGCUCGGAGAGAUAGUGGCAGCCAGGCUGGAAGGGACUGGCUGCAGUAUCGGCCCGUUCCCCGAGUCAUUGAUUUGGGCCGCGAGAGGCGCAACAAUCCCACACAGGACUUGAACGUGGAGGAACGAUACGUCAGAGACCCAACAGGCCUUGAAAGCAGGGGACUUUAUUUGGAAGGGCCGGCCAAGGAGAGGAGGCCUGGAGUGGGCCGGGAGAGGGAGGGUGCUGCCUGCACGCUGCCCUGGGAGGAGAGCCAGAGGUGUAGAGGGUCGGCAAACAGCAGGGGAGGGUCAGGAGCACAGCGGGGGCAGGAGGAAACAGAGGUGGCCAAUCAGAAAGGGGAACACACAGGUGAGGGACAAUCGGAUCUGGACCAAGGAUCCCAUUCGGACUCUGUGUUUGAGGACACUGACAAGCCACCGGCUGACUCCCUCAGCAGCGGGGAUUGUCCUUCCACACCAUUGGCUGAAACGCCUGUAAGCCCCGUGUGUCCAGACAACCCAUUGGCUGAAACGCCUGUAAGCCCUGUGUGUCCAGACAACCCAUUGGCUGACACGUGCGGGGAAGGAAAAAGUGCCACUAGCCAAGCGGCCGGUAUUUCUGAAUGCUGCGAUUCAGCAACGAGGGGGACACCACCUCAAUUAGGAGAGACAGGAGAGAACUCAAACUCAGAGAGAACACACUCCCAACCUGGUACGGACAAGGCCACGGAAGAAAGGCAUUGUGGGAAGUCGGAGGACAGGGUUUGCCCCCGAGGAAAGGAAGUGAAGAUGGGAGGAUUAAGGGCACCCAGGAGGAAGAGGAAGGUCAAAGGAGGGAAAGGGAAGGUUAAGUCUGGUGGCCGUGGCAACCAAAAAGGCAAGGAUCAGGCUACUCCAAAAAACCAAAACAAAGCACCUCAAAAUGGCUGCGCCAUCGCGUCAGCCACCAAACUGCCACUCAGUGAAGACGACCAAUCCGAGCAACCAAAGCAGUCCUCAGGACCAGACAUAGGGCCACUCUCAACCAAUGAGAAAGAAGAGAAGGCAGAGGAGGAACCAAAGGAGAGCGAUAAAGAAAAUCAGGCAGUCAUAACAGACAACCCUCCUAAUGCAGAUGGCCAAUCAUGCACACCUACAACUGACGACUCCCCAGAAGUGGAGACAUCAUCAACACCUCCUGACCAAUUGGAUGGUGAAUCUCCCAAAGCCCCACCCCUUCUUAGGGAGUUGGAUCAUGAGUUGCUCCAAUCAGGGAAGCUGUUACUGACAGGUACGGUGGACAGGCUCGGUCGGGGUCUGGUUUUGAUGGAAGCACACCUUCCAGAGGAUGGUUACCAUGACGAGGAGAUGACCAGAGUGUUGGCCUGCUUCUACUACAUCACUCGGCCAGCGGCGAAGGAGAAAGGCUUGACAGUAAUCAUCGACAGCAGACAAGCUCCUCCCUCUGAGCUCUGCCUUUCUGCCCUGAAACUUUUCAAGACUCAGGUGCCAGAGGGCCUUGGUUCAGUGCUCAUUCUGACAGAUGAGCAGCAGGAGUCGUCUCAGCACGCUCUGGAUGGAAUAGAGGUGCGCACGGUGCGGGGAACAGGGGUCCUUCAGCAAUUUGUAGACAGGCAACAGCUGACCACAGAGAUGGAUGGGGACUUUCUGCAUUCUCACUCUGAUUGGCUGAACUUCCGACUGAGUUUGGAAAGGCUGACUGAGCGCUGUGAGAGCGCCCUCUCUCUGUUGGAGGAUGCACUGCAGUCUAUGGAAAAGGAACCUCUGCCUGCCAACAUCAAGACUGUUACUGCAGGUGUGGACAAGCACAGGCACCUCAUGACGAGCGUCCUCGCCGACCAACGGCUGACUGAGCUACAGUGCAGAGGCGGGGCUUGGCUGGCCGGACUGUCCAAUGGCACAUCAGGACUGGCACAGAGGUCACCAGACUGCAGGGCUGCCCUGGCUAUGACUUCCAAGCUAUAUGACAGUGUAGAUGAUGCACUCCACAAUCUUGUCCAAGUGUCCAAUCAGAAGGGUCGUGACCUGGAAGCACUUGGAAGGCUGGCUGCCCUUGUGGAUAAACUGGAUAAGUCUGAGAAGGAGAUAGCGAGUGUUCAGGAGCAGCUGGAGGACUUUAGGGACCCGCCCCUCUCACUCAGCAGACUCUCCCUCAAGCAGCAGAAGUUCAAGAGCUUCAGGGAGUCAGCCAUGGAGCUGAACAGGGACACUCUGGUCAUCCUGGGGGAAGUGGAGGGCUGGGGAGAGCUGGAGUGGGCGGGGCUUCCAGCAGUGAUUGACAGGCUACCGCCGGUCCGGGAGAAGCUUCGGGACAUGAGCCACUGUCUGUCUGACUGCUGGACUCAGCUGGACAACACACAGAGACUACUGUCGACCCUGACAGAGGCCUCUCAGUGGUGUGACGUCGUCUCCUCCUCCUCCCCGUCCUCCUCCUCCUCCUCCUCCUCCUCCUCGUCAUCCCCCCUCUCCUCCCUGCCUCCCAUCCCUCCGUCUCGGUUCCAGGACGCGCGGGCCCUGGCGCUGGAGCUGGGCGGGGGCCCCUUGCUGGACCUCUGGUCCCAGACGCUGGAUCGCUACCAGCAGACGCUCGCCCACUUCAAGAGCCGCCUGCUGCAGGCCGAGAGAACGGGGCCCCUGGACGGGGGGCCCGGCCACCAGCGCGCCGGAGGAGGAGGUGCUGGUGGUAUGAGACCCCUGGGCCACGGAGGGAGCAGUGUGUGGGAGGUGCUGGGAGGAGGAGGUGGGGGGGGCGGAGGUGACGGGGAGAGCGACGUGGCGGACUGCUGGGCGGGGGAAGGAGUGCUGCAGUCGUGGGGGUCGCUGGCCUCGCUGUUCCGGCCGCAGAACUGCUCCACGCUCAAGAUCGGGGAGGAGAGGAGGAAGGACGGGGGCACGGGAGGAGGAGGAGUGGCGGGCGGAGGAGUUGGACCUGGUGGAGGAAAGUUCUUCCAGGCGCUGCUGCAUCCAGCAAAGAAGAGUGUGAUUCCCACAGACGCUCCUCUCCCUCCCAAGCCUCCCCGUAAGCGCCACCCCAGCUUCGACCUCCAGGCCCUCCUGGCUCCGCGCCGCACCCCCACUCCCACCCCUGCCCGACCGCCGGAGCUCCCCAUGGGCCCGGCCAGCCGGAACUCCCCCCUGUCCUGGCUGGGUCGACGGGCCCUGGCGGACCCGGUGCUGACCGCGGGCAUGGCGGCAGCAGUACCGGGCUGGAGAGAGAGGGAGACGGGAGGCGGAGGAGGGGGAGGAGGGGCAGGAGGAGGAUUAGGAGGAGGAUUAGGAGGAGGGGUUCUGAUCCGGGGCGUGGAGGUCAGCAGCAAGGAGGUCGCUGACCACACCGGGUUGUCACGGCAACACGUGCUGCUGAGCCGUGCCGAGAGGGAGACGGGCGGGGAGAGACAGGGAACCACGGCACAGAGUAAGCUGUACGUGCAGUGGUGCCGGCUGGUGAACUCCGAGCGCCAGUACGUGUCCACCCUGCGGGGCGUGGAGGAGCACUUCCUGCCUCAGCUGGAGGGGCCCGACGUCCCAGGGGCCCUCAGGGGCCAGAGCCAGGCCUUGUUCUCCAACUGGAGCAGCCUGUGCACCUUUCACACGCAGUACCUCCUCCCGGCCAUGGAGGGCGCUCUCACGCAGACCCUGCAACAGCAGGACUGUUUCAUCAAAUACAGGGAACACUUUCUCCUGUACUCACACUACAUCCACACCAAACCAGACCUGGACUCCCUGCUGGUCAGUCAGGCCACAGAGUUCUUCAAGCUAAAACUGUCGAGUUUCUACCCCCACUCGCCCCUGGCGUUUCCUGGCUGCCUGGUGGCGCCGGUCCAGAGGCUGGAGCAGUACUGCGAGGCCCUGGAGGAGCUGAGCGGCCUCAACCCCAACCCCGCCCCCGACACGGCCCUGUCCAUCCUCAGACAUGCCCGGCAGCACGGCGAGGACCUGCGGGCCAGUGACCUCAUCACAGGGUGUCCGGUGCCUGUUGGUGAGCGUGGGGAGCUGGUGCGUUUCGGCGAGCUGCUGGUGUGUGGAGGGCCGAGGAGGAGGAAGUCGGGCCUGAGGAGUGUGUUCCUAUAUCAGCACCACCUCAUCUUCACCAAGCUGAGAACGCCCAACCCUGGACGCACGGCCUACAGUUUCAAACACAGCAUCAAGACGGGGGAGAUGGGUCUGACCCAGAGUGUCGGGGAGGACGGGCUGAAGUUUGAGGUGUGGGUGCGCCAGGCUCCGCGCACCAGGGACUGCCUCACGCUGCAGGCCCACACGCCAGGGGACAAGGCAGCCUGGGCCCACGAUGUGGCUCAGCUGCUGUGGACCCAUGCCAUCAACAACACAGAGUUGUGUCUGAAGGAGACUCUGUGUGUGGGGAUGAGCAGUAGGCUUCUGUUGGACAUGACUGGAGCACCCGCCACAGAGCUGGACUCCACCUUCAGCCUGAAUGACCGAGUUCAGAGUAGCUGUUCUGACUCUUCUUCUGUGGGGAGCCAGAAGGAGGGAGGAUCCCCGACCUCAUCCAGAGACUCCAAGAGAAACUCGGCUCUGUCUCAGAGUACAUCACCUUCUACUGCUGUCUAAUCAUCUCAACUUCAAAAAAAACUGGACUUGUAUACACAUCAGGACCCCAUCCCUCCUCUUCUUCUCUCUUUCACUGGAUGGACUGAACUGGAUCUGUACUGAACAAAGGACCGAGAGGAGACUUUAUGGACCCAGAGAAGAAAACAGGAAACCGUUGGAUGUUCCCGCAGGCUGCCAUGUUGGCUCUGAUAUUUUCAGUUGCUUGCUUAGUGAUUGGUGACCAGGUACUCAAUAAUGAAAGCAGCCACUGGUGAAUGGAUGGUCUAUUCAUUCACUGCCUGGUCUAAGUGGGUUUGAUAAGAAAUGCUUUAAGAAUGUCAAGCUAUGGGACAGGGUAUGUGUGGAUGUAGGUGAUCAAGUUGGAUAGUUACGUAGCAUAGAGGGGUGUACAUUAUAGGCAUUUGGACAGCGUAUGUGUGGAUGGAGGUGAUCAAGUUGGAUAGUUACGUAGCAUUGAGGGGUGUACAUUAUAGGCAUUGUUCAGUAUUAACAAUGGUAAGCCACGUCACACAAGUGUCUGUGUGUAUGGGGCUGUCAGAGUGACUGACUCAUCUGACAACACAGCAGGGUGUGUGAGUGAGUGUGUGUGUGUGUGUGUGUGAGAGUGUGUUUGUGUGUGUGUGUGUGUGUGUGUGUGUACUUACAUGCACAUCUUUGGUGUGUUUGUGCGUGCUUACGUCUGUGCGUGCACAAAGAAAGAUUAAACCAAAAGCCUGACAAGAAUAACGACAGGCCCCAGUGAUCAGAGGUGCAAGUUCUUCUCUUGUUCCUCAGUCAUGUCAGUGGAGCGGGUAGAGAAAUACUCUAGCCUCAGACUCACACGGGCCUCGAGACACAUACCUGCAAGAGCCACGAAAAACACUUUUUUUUUUUUUCAUUCAAUCAACUCCACACAGCAAUCUUCACUUAUUGGUGCUUAUUUCAUACAAGCUUGCUCAUAAACACAGCUGUGCACACAAGCUGGAUUCCAGUUGCCUCCAUGCCUGUGCCACAAACAGUCAGAAUACCACACGCAGGCCCCGGGGCGUCAGGACAGAAUACCACACGCAGGCCCCGGGGCUUGUACAGAUAGUUUCUCCAAAAAUGUUGCUUGUCUAUCAGGGUGUGGUAGAUAAGGACAGUGUCCUUAAAAAGACCAAAAUAAUAUUUCUUAUCAGCUUUUGUAAUCUCUUUGUACGCUAGUUUGGGCAUAUAUAUUUUGGAUGAUUUCAAAUCUGCCUUAGCAAAACCUGUAGUCUAUCAAGGCUUCAGUAGACUAUGAUUGUGGAGAAUUAGGAUCAUAUAUCUGACAGAGAUGUAUUCCUAAAAAAAAAAUGAUUGUCAGAUUUUGAUGAUACUUAUGUGAAGAUGAAAAAGCUUGGCGUUCCCUCAAUGGGGAUCUGGGAGAAGUGUUGUCGAAAUGAUUGCUCCACAGAGCUAUGAAAGAGACAUCAACCAGUUAUGGAUGAUUGUGGAAGAAGACCUUGAACUCGGAAUUGUGUCAUCCUAAACAAGUGCAUAUCAAACAGCGUUUUUCCAAAGGCGGAUUUUUAAAGACCUGCAUGGGCGUGAAGAAUGAAAAAUUAUAUCUUGAUAAAUCAAAUGAUGCAAGGUUCAGUGAGAGCGUAAGCCACCUUGUCAGCCUCCAUUUUGAGGUCUUGGGG